UAUGGUGAAAUGUGGAGGACGAUUUCCUGUAGACCAUAGUAGGAGGCAAUAUAAAGUAAUAGAUUUGGAGCAAUAAUCACAUAAUUCAUAGAUCAAUUCUCCUGCGCCAAGAACAAGGAUUUCCGUAUACCAUUGUCUUGUCAUGGAGCACAUUACAACGCCAAAGGUAGAACAAGUAAAGUUAUUGGACAGAUACACCUCUAAGAAGCCAGCAGUGGGCACACUUUAUCUGACAGCGACACAUCUGAUCUAUGUGGAGACGACCGCAAAUGUACGCAAGGAGACCUGGAUUCUGCACCAUCACAUUGCCACGGUAGAGAAGCUACCCUUAACCACCACUGGAUGCCCACUUCUUAUCCACUGCAAGAACUUCCGCGUUGCCCACUUUGUUCUUCCCCGUGAGAGAGAUUGUCAAGAGGUUUCCCAGUCCUUGCUGAAACUCUCCCAGCCAGCUAAAGAAGAAGAGCUGUACGCUUUUCUUUACAACCCUAAACAAGAUGAAAAUGACCGAAGAGUUGGAUGGACUGCUGUGGACCUGAAAAUGGAAUUCAAAAGAAUGGGGUUGCCCAAUGACUUAUGGGAGUUGACUGAUCUCAACAAGAAUUAUGGGAUCUGCAGCACGUACCCCGCAGAUCUGGUUGUGCCCAAGGCAGCAGGCAAGGCCACGAUAGUGGGAAGCACCAAGUUCAGGAGCAGAGGACGCUUUCCGAUUCUCUCCUACUUCCACAAACAAACAAAUGCUGCAAUCUGCAGAUGCAGCCAGCCCUUGUCCGGGUUCAACGCUCGCUGUGUGGAGGAUGAACAGAUGCUUCAGGCCAUCAGCAGGGCUAACCCCAAGAGCUCCUUCAUGUAUGUGAUGGACACCCGACCAAAGCUAAACGCCAUGGCAAACCGUGCUGCAGGGAAGGGCUACGAAAACGAAGAUCAUUACUCCAACAUCCGCUUCCAGUUUGUGGGCAUCGAGAACAUCCACGUGAUGAGGAACAGCCUGCAGAAGCUGGUGGAAGUAUGCGCAAUGAAAUCUCCAACAAUGAGCGACUACCUGACGGGACUGGAGAAUUCGGGCUGGCUGCGGCACAUCAAAGCCGUCAUGGAUGCAGGGGUUUUCUUAGCCAAGGCCUUGGUGGACGAGAAGGCCAGUGUGCUGGUGCACUGCUCAGACGGCUGGGACCGAACUGCCCAGGUCUGCUCCCUGGCCGGCGUUCUUCUGGACCCCUACUACCACACCAUCAAGGGCCUGAUGGUUUUAAUAGAAAAAGAAUGGAUUUCUAUGGGUCAUAAAUUCACACAAAGGUGUGGCCAUUUAGAAGGGGACCCCAAGGAGGUGUCUCCUGUUUUCACUCAGUUCAUUGAAUGCCUGUGGCACCUGAUGGAGCAGUACCCCUGUGCUUUUGAAUUCAACGAAAAGUACCUCAUCGAAAUCCAUGACCAUGUUUACUCCUGCCAAUUUGGGAACUUCAUCGGAAACUGCCAGAAAGAGCGAGUAGAGCUGAGGUUAGAUGAGAGAACCUACUCUGUUUGGCCUUUCCUUCUGGAGAAGAGGGAAGAGUUCAGAAACCCUCUGUACAAAGGCCCCUUAAAGGUUGCCAUGCUGAGACCAAACACUCUGCCCUUCAACUUCAAGCUUUGGUGUGCCAUGUAUAACCGCUUUGACAAGGGAAUGCAUCCAAAGCAGUCCAUCCUGGAUCACCUGCUUACUCUCACGCGACAGAAGGCAGAGGAGGAAGAAAAGGUGAUGGAACUUCAAAAAAAGUUGGCAGCAAUUGAUGGUGUCUUGGCAAAUGAAGUCCAUCUGUGUGAAGCCAGUGCUUCAGCCAAGCAGCCCACAGCAGUGCCACCCACUACCCACAGUUCCUCUGUCUGUGAAAGGGAAUUAACGGCCCACUUGACCAAUGGCACUUCAGAAGACACGAACCCUAUCACGGGCUCAGCCAACGGGAAAGAGCAAGAUGAAUUGUCAGGCCUAGAAUCCAGCCUGACUGUAACCAAUGGCAAAGCACUUACCAUGGAGAUCCCCGAAAGCCAGAUGGUUGAAGCAGAAUCUCCUACAAGAUCCACUGUGGAGGAAUAGCAUUGGCUGAUAUUUGGCUGUUAUCUCUGAAAACCCAUGGAUCUUACUAGUAGCCAAGUAACAUCCUACAAGGAUGGCAGAUUUCCAGCUUAAUUGAAUAAUUACUUUAAUUUUUACUAAACUAUAGGAAUGGUAAUUGCAAGCAGGGAAUAUGCAUAAAACAUGAGGGUGAGACAAGACAUUUAGUUUAAUUUUGGAUCAUUGUUGUGAAAGGUUUGCUAAUGACUGUCAGUCUUUUACAGAGAAAGAAGUGCGACCUUGUGUUCAUGCUGUGAAUGUAAGUGGCGACUGAUUUGUGAGGUUGUAAGGGACACAUUUUUAAGCAAGAAGCUUUGAGUUUGUGUAAGAGUUAUAUUUACAUGUGGUUAACAAUCUAUGUAAAGGGAUUUUGGUAGCACAAACACUUAAAGGGAAAACUUUCCAAAUAUAUACGCCAAAAUUAGUUUUGUUUUGUAAUGUGUAAACUUUUUUUUGUUUGUGAUUGUAUUGUAACCUGCUUCAGUUAGACUGUAAGAACAUUUUCUUUCCUACAUUCAGAGACUUCUUUAGUCUGGAGAUAGAAAUGCAUUGUACUAUGCAUAUGCCUUUGAGCAAUAUAGCAUGUGAAUGAAAAUGUGAAAAAAAUGGAAAAGUUUUAAUAAUUAGAAUUUGAUCAAUUUCUUUAGCAAAAGUAGCAGUCCUGAACAAAUAAUAUGCAAUGAUGAUACACUGUCAGUUCUGUCAGUUAGGUUCUUUUCACAGUUUGCACAUAUUACAGGAGAUGUUAGCCAUCUUCCCUGUGAAUGUAAAAACAGAUUACGUUAAAGGCUUACAUAAAGAGUAUUGAUGUGCAAAAUGAAUGGUAUGAUUGUAUUGUAUGACAGUACGUUGAGUGUUGUGGCCAGUUCUAUUUCUAGUCAUGAGAUGCAGAAUUGGGUCCAGUCAGUAUUAUUGUUUUUCAGUGUAGUACUGGAUAACAUUCUCACAUUUUAGGCAUUCAGCAGACGUUCUUAUCGAGAACGACAUGCACAGAUUACACUCUUUAGAUAUAAGCCAUCUAUACAGCUGGAUAUUUGCUGAAGCCAUUCAGGUUGAGUUCCCUGAUCGAGGGUUACGAUGGCAGUGCCCCAUAUUGGAAUCAAACCUACAAUUUCUCAAUAAAUCCCAAUUUCCUAACCAUUAGACUUCACUGGACUACAGUUCAGUACCAGAACCUGUUGCUCCCAGAAAACAAAGAGUUGAACAUGCGUGCCUCUCUCAAUACUAUAACAGUAUCUAAUUAUGCCUUCAUAGUAUAUGAAAGAAGAAAGACACUGGGAUAAUUUUUGUAAUCAUAUAUUUAUCUAUUGCUUAGUUUCAUUACUAUUUCCUAUCUGUAUUGUUCCUUCUUUUUUUUGCACUCAAAGCAAUAUUACUAAAGACUGUAGAAAAAUAAGUCUGUGUGGAGAUAAUAAAUGAUCAAGUGCAAUGGCAGUUCAAAAUCCCAAAUUGGACUACGGCUAAAAUAAAGGUUUGAUCCAGCUGCUAGAUAAAGACAUAAGCAUUAUUCCCAUAAGACCUAUUAUUGGUGAGACAAGUUCAGUCAGUUUUGACAUCAGAUUCAGAGUCAGAUUCAGGAAAAUAAUGGCACACUGUGUAAGCCAGUGUUAUUUUAUCACAUUUGCGUACAGUACAAAUGCCAAAAUAAAUGCCUCUCAAUAAUGACAAAAUUAGAGGUAGUCACUCAAUCUUGCCUGGGUUCUGGGUUUCUCUCAGAUGACCAGAAAGCUUAGAUGCAUGAAAUCUAGAUGGAGAAAUGUAAAACUAUAAAAUAUAUUUACAAGAAAAAAAACUGUCGAACCAUUUCAGUGUGUUGCACACUGGCAUUAGUUCCUGAGAUUUGUAUGUAAUUGGGUUGUUACUGUUCAGGGUCUUAUUGACCAGGUCUUGAUGUGGGAUGAUAUGAGCCAUGUGUAUCAAAUGUAUUCAAGACCGUACCAAGAAUUUCUUUGGUUUCCUGAAAAAUUUAUUAGCUUGAAACGGUUCAAGCGAAGAAAAGUAGUUUGGUUGCUGGGUUUACUUGUCUUCCAUUUCAAAAGCAAUUUCUGUCAAUAAAAUAUUUCCAAAAUUAUUUAAAAUACCAUGAAAUAAAUUAUAAACAUUCGUACCCUUUUUUUAACAGUAUUUGACAUGAUUAAAGGUAAAUAGUGUUUCUUUGUUGGAGGAAAUGAUAAAAUCACUUUAGGGGUGGCAGAAGGGAUAUGGAGUUCUGUGAACAUAUUUCUAGUUUAUAUUAUGAACGUUUUAUUUUUUAGUUUAACAUUUUCAAAUCCUUCUAAACAUGUAUUACAACAGUGCUUCACUAUGUAAACUUUACAUAUUAUAAGCUUUGAAUGUUGCUACUGUAAAUCUUGAUGAUGUAAAAAGUUGUUUCAAACUUCUUUUAAAUGCAUUUGUCUACUCUAAAAACACUGUAAAUCUUUGUUGAUUCUGCUAUUGUGAGAGCACAAUACCAUUUGGAUGGACAUUUCAGCUUUAUUUUCUGUAAACGUAUUAAAUACAAUUUGUUAAUAUCAAACUGAUGGAAAAAGCUGUAGUGUUGAACAGUUGCCAAAGGGAAGGGUAUUUGACUUACUGUAUUAUCAUUUUAUUUGGAAUUUUUUUUAAUUGAAUCAGUGUAAUUCAAAUUGUUUACUCACAAGACUUUUGUACUGUAUUUGAUAAUGGCACUUUUUGUUUUUUUCUUCUUUAAAGUGUUUGUAAGAACAUGUUUUGUAAGAAAAUUCUUCUUUUCCAGAAUAAAUGUUCUCAAUAUGUAA